AUGGAGAACCUCUGGAGAGCUCCACCGUUGUCGCAGCAGCGAAGCGCCGCUGGCUUUCGGGGGACGACUGGUGCCAAGCCAGCAACAUAUGGGGCCGAUAGUCAUCUACCCUGGCCUGUGCCAGGACUGAGAUCUUCAGUAACCACGACGGGUUCGUCGACGGCCGUGGCUGGUCAGAUGCAUCAGCUCCAUGCUGCUGCCUCUGCGGCUGCGGGUUUUAGUUUUAUGCCUUUUUUUGCUGCUGGGUUCGGGACAGAUUCUGAAGUUAUUACUGCGGGAGGGAUGAGCCAGGGGGGGAGGAGGAACAGGGCUGAUGCCUUUCAGUCCAGGCCGUACCCCGACCGCCGGCCGAUGGGCUACCAAAGCAAAGUCCGCGUGACCGACAAGUACAAGGUCAUCGGCUUCAUCAGCAGCGGCACCUAUGGCCGCGUCUACAAGGCCCUCGGCCGCCAGGGCCAGCCGGGUGAAUUCGCCAUCAAGAAGUUCAAGCCCGACAAAGAGGGAGAGCAGGCCACCUACACGGGCAUUUCGCAGUCUGCCAUCCGCGAGAUGGCGCUCUGCUCGGAGCUGAGUCACCCCAACAUUAUCAAGCUGAUUGAGAUCAUUCUCGAGGAUAAGUGCAUCUUUAUGGUGUUCGAGUAUGCAGAGCAUGAUCUGCUGCAAAUUAUUCACCACCAUACGCAGCAGCCUAGGCAUCCCAUCCCGCCGAGCACGAUCAAGAGCAUUAUGUUUCAGUUGCUCAACGGGUGUCAGUACCUGCACUCGAACUGGGUUUUGCAUCGUGACCUCAAGCCGGCGAAUAUCAUGGUCACGUCGGCGGGGGAGGUCAAGAUUGGGGAUCUCGGGCUCGCCCGGCUGUCGUAUAAACCCCUGCACAGUCUUUACAGCGGAGACAAGGUCGUCGUGACGAUAUGGUACCGCGCACCCGAGCUUCUACUCGGAAGCAGACAUUAUACUCCAGCAAUUGACAUGUGGGCCGUGGGUUGCAUCUUUGCUGAACUCUUGUCCCUCCGGCCGAUCUUUAAGGGAGAGGAAGCCAAGAUGGACAGCAAGAAGACUGUUCCCUUUCAACGCAACCAGAUGCAGAAAAUCGUGGAUAUCAUGGGCUUGCCAACAAAAGAGCGCUGGCCACUUCUCACAAGUACUCCGGAGUACUCCCAGCUCGCAACCCUCACCCCUCCCGUAUCCCACUCCCACCACCAUCAUCAUCACCACUCCCAUCAUUAUAACUCCCAGCAACAAAGAAACUUGGGAUCAACUUCCCACCUAGAAAAAUGGUACUACACCACCAUCUCUCCUCCCUCUCACUCCCAAGGUCCCUCGCCAUUAUCCUCCCUUGGCGCCGAAGGCUACUCUCUCCUCUCGGGCCUGCUCGAAUACGACCCUGAGAAGCGCCUCACUGCCACCCAGGCGUUACAGCAUCCGUUCUUUAGCACGGGCGACCCGGUCAAUGCAACAAAUUGUUUUGAGGGGAGCAAGACGGAGUAUCCUGUGAGAAGAGUCAGUCAAGAUGAUAGUUUGAGUGGAUUGGGAGGGGGGGAUAGGUCGGGGGGGUUGACGGGGGUGAAGAGGAGUUUGGGGGGUGAGGCAGGGGGAGGGGGUGGGAAGAGGGUUAAGGAGGGGUGA